CCCCUCCUCACGUGGUGCGGGCGGGAAGUGACGCGCGCGGCCCGGGAGCUGCGGACGCGGAGGCCGACAGAACCGGAAUCGCGGACGCCGCGGGGUCUUCGGGACAGGAACCCCCAGUGCUGCAUCCAGAUUCUGCAGGGGAAGUUUGGUGGGACCCCGGCCCCACCCAGCCAGCGAAAUGGCAGCCACACUGGAUUUGAAAUCAAAGGAGGAGAAGGAUGCUGAAUUGGACAAGAGGAUUGAGGCUCUUCGGCGGAAGAAUGAGGCCCUCAUCCGGCGCUACCAGGAGAUUGAGGAGGAUCGUAAAAAAGCUGAACUCGAAGGAGUGGCGGUAACAGCUCCCCGGAAGGGCCGCGUGAUGGAGAAGGAGAAUGUGACGGUUGAGGUGGAGAAGAGCCUGGGUCCUUCUCGGAGGUCUCCUGGGACCGCUCGGCUCCCAGGGGCCAGCAAGGGGCACCGGAUCCCCCCACAGCAGGGAGGCCGGGCAGGCAUGGGCCGGGCAUCCCGAAGCUGGGAGGACAGUCCCGGGGAGCAGCCUCGAGGAGGAGCUGGGGGUCGUGGCCGGAGGGGCCGGGGCCGGGGGUCCCCUCAUCUCUCUGGGGCUGGAGACACUUCAACCUCCGACCGCAAAUCAAAGGAGUGGGAGGAGCGGCGCAGGCAGAACAUUGAGAAGAUGAACGAGGAGAUGGAGAAGAUCGCAGAGUAUGAGCGCAACCAGCGGGAAGGGGUGCUGGAGCCGAAUCCGGUGCGGAACUUCCUGGAUGACCCCCGGCGGCGCAGUGGGCCCCUGGAGGAACCUGAGCGGGACCGCCGGGAGGGUAGCCGCCGGCACGGCCGCAACUGGGGGGGCCCUGACUUCGAGCGGGUGCGCUAUGGCCUUGAGCAUGAGCGGCAGGGCCGCCGGGCUGCCCUGGGCGGUGCUGGUGACAUGACUCUGUCCAUGACGGGCCGGGAGCGGUCGGAGUACCUGCGCUGGAAGCAGGAGAGGGAGAAGAUUGACCAGGAGCGGCUGCAGAGACACCGCAAGCCCACUGGCCAGUGGCGGCGGGAGUGGGAUGCUGAGAAGACUGAUGGGAUGUUCAAGGAUGGCCCAACUGCUACACAUGAAGUGUCUCACUGCUAUGAUGGACAGGCCUGGGCCCGGCCCCCGAAACCCCCCACUUUUGGGGAAUUCCUGUCCCAGCACAAAGCUCAGAUCAGCAGCCGCAGGAGGAGGAAGAGCAUCCGAUCCCAGGCCAAGGCAGCCUCCCAUGCCUACAGUGACCAUGAUGACCGCUGGGAGACAAAAGAAGAGGCAGUGUCCCCAGCCUCAGAGGCCCCACAGCCCACUUCCCCUGAGGAGACAUCCACACAACCACCUGAGACUCCAGCCCCUGCCCACCGGCCUCCUGAGGAUGAGGGGGAAGAGAACGAAGGGGAUGAAGAUGAGGGGGACGAGGAUGAAGAAUGGGAGGAUGUGAGUGAGGAGGAGGAGAUCGAGGAGGAGGAGAUCGAGGAGGAGGAGGAGAUCAAGGAGGAAGAGGGUGAUGAGGAGGAAGAACCAGCCCAAGACCAUCAAUCUCAAGAGGCUGAUCCCACUGGGAACCCCACCAGUGAGCAGGCCGAAAAAGUGCCCUCCAGGCCAGAGGAGCCCUUGCCACUUCCCCAGACUACUGCCACGUCUUCCAGUCCCUUCUUGCCACCUGGUGGCCACCAGCCCGUGUCCGACUGGGGUGAAGAGAUGGAGCUGAAUUCUCCCCGGAUCACCCACCUGGUUGGCGCCCUCUCUCCGGGAGGUGACCAGCCAAUCCCUGUGUCCCUGGAGAGUGGGCCCAGCCUCCCAGGAACUCAGAAAGCUGAAGAGGAGGGGUCUGAGGCUGUUCCAGAGGCGGGCCCCGAGGGCCAGGAGACAGCGGAGAUCACCGACUUCCAGAGGGCCUCCCCAAAUUCCUGAAGACGCUGCUGGGAGGGGCCCGAAGCUUCCCCGCCUUGAUGGGGAGGGGGUGGCAGGAACGGGUUUAUCUGGAUCUCCAGCCUGUGUUCUCUUCUCCCCGGAGCCCACUCUGGACCCAGCGGCCCUAGGGAGAGGGAGAAAUUGAGGGUGGUGGGCGAGAAGCUGGGGGAAGGGACAUAAUUGGGGUGAGAGGGGGAGUUGGAGCCUGGGGGCGUGUUGUUAGGCUUCGGGACACCUAAAGGGGCGGCUGUAUGUACGGAAAAGGGGGAAG